AUGGGCUCUUUCCUCCGGUGGUCGGCUCCGACUGUCUGUAGUGUUCUCCGGGGUUCUCGUUUGGGUGUUUUGAUUGCUGCCUGGGGUUUUGGCCGUUCUACCAUGGCUUUCCCUUUUGAUCCCGGUAUUUGGUUGUUUUUUCUGGUGGGUAUCUUUUUGCUUGUUUGCGUUGGGUUUUUGCUUGUUUUUUCUGUGAUCGCUGUUGGGUCUUUUUUUGUUCGCUGUGGGGUUGUUUCGUCUGUGGACACGGGUUCUGGGGUCGGGGUGGCUCUUGAUGCUACUUAUCUGUUCGUGCUCUUUGGGACGCCUCUUUUCGGUUCUUUUUGUCCGUUCUUCUCUUGGUCCGGCGUGCCGGUGUUUCACUCAAGUUUCCGGGUUUUGCGCGUUGGCCGUGAUUUUAAAGCAGCUUGGCUGCUCCUUUCUGUUGUUUUGCUCCGUGCUGCCUUUUUUCCGGACGCCAUUGACUCUGGCUCAUGGAUCCUUGUCACCGGAAUUUAUUAUGAGGCUGGGCAUCCUUUGGAGCUUCGGUUUUAUGGUGCUUUCCAUUUUGCUGCCCCUUUGGCUCCACUUCCUGCUUCUGAUUCCGGCGAGGUCACCGGCCGGUGUUGGAUGAGAUCACGUAAACAAAAAAUUGACACAAUUGCUUGUGAUUGGCGCCGCGAAUCAUGUAAAAAUUUCUCCAAUAGACCUGCCAAAUGGAAUGGGUACGUUGAGCAAGUGGAGAACGUGUCUGAUAUAGACUUUGUUUAUGAGGUCGAUGAGUUGAACAUUGGCAAUGUUGGGCUGCUACUGCUAACCGCGAAAUCACAAUUUGAAGUUUGGUCUUGCAAGAGAGAGUCAGUCCUUCCUCUGUCAUCCUCUCUCAACAACUUCCAAACAAGACCCGUCUCGCUAUGCAUCUCAGCACUGAUCAAAUUCUUCUUCAACCUCCUCUUCUCUUCUUCUUCUUCUUCUUCCAACAACAAAAAGAAGCUUCCGCCGGGACCCUCUACUUUUCCGAUCAUCAGAAACUUUCUAUGGCUACGGAAGUCGUUUUCGGAGAUCGAACCCGUCCUCAAAGAUCUCCGGCAAAAGUACGGUCCCAUCGUCACUCUGCAUAUAGGGUCUCGGCCGGCCAUCUUCGUCGGCAACCACUCGCUCGCACACAAAGUCCUUGUCCAGAAUGGCGGCGUCUUCUCCGACCGCCCCAAGGCGCUGGCCACCAGCAAGAUCAUCGACAGCAACCAACACAACGUCAGCUCCGCCGCCUACGGCCCCACUUGGCGCACCCUCCGCCGCAACCUCACUUCCGAGAUACUCCACCCUUCCCGCGUCAAGAAUUACUCGGCGGCGCGAAACUGGGUUCUCGCCAUCCUUAUUAACCGCCUCAACAAAUCGCAAUCGGAAUCGAAAUCCGUGUUAGUGGUGGAUCAUUUUCAGUACGCCAUGUUCUGUCUUCUGGUCUUGAUGUGCUUCGGCGACAAGCUUGAGGAAAAGCAAAUCAAAGAAAUUGAAAGAGUUCAGCGAGAGCUGUUACUGAGUUUUCACCGAUUUGACAUACUCAAUUUCUGGCCGACCAUCGGAAAAUUUUUGUUCCGGAAUCGGUGGAAAGAACUGAUACGGCUGCGACAGAAUGAGGAUGCUAUAUUGAUCCCUCUGAUCAGAGCCCGGUCAGUAGAAGUUGCUCUCAAGAAACAACGGAAAGAAGAGUACGGUGAUGGUGUGGUGGCGUACGUCGACACUUUGAUGGAUCUGGAGUUGCCGGAGGAGAAGAGGAAGCUUAACGACGACGAGAUGGUGAGUCUGUGCGAGGAAUUUCUCAACGCGGGCACUGACACGACGUCGACGGCGUUGCAGUGGAUCAUGGCUAGCUUGGUGAAGUACCCGCAUGUUCAGGCCAAGCUUUAUGAAGAGGUCACCGAAGUCGUGGGACCACCGCCACCGCCGCCACCAUCGGAUGAGGAGGUGGGGUUGAUAAUGAUAAAGGAGGAGGAUUUGCAGAGGAUGCCAUACUUGAAAGCGGUGGUGUUGGAAGGACUGAGGCGUCACCCGCCGGGGCACUUCGUAUUGCCUCACUCGGUGACGGAGGAGACUGAGUUAGAAGGGUUCGUGGUGCCGAAGAAUGCCACCAUCAAUUUCAUGGUGGCCGAAAUGGGGUGGGACUCUAAAGUAUGGGAUGACCCCAUGGAGUUCAAACCAGAGAGAUUCUUGACUUCUACUGGGAAUGGCGGUGGUGCUGAUAAAGAGGCGGUGGUCGGAGGAGAAGCUGGUGGUUUUGACAUAACUGGGAGCAGAGAAAUCAAGAUGAUGCCAUUCGGAGCGGGAAGGAGGAUUUGCCCGGCGUCAGGUUUGGCUUUGCUUCAUUUGGAGUAUUUUGUUGCUAAUUUGAUUUGGUAUUUCAAAUGGAAGGCUGGUGAUGAUGGCGAUGUUGAUCUAUCAGAGAAGCAAGAGUUCACUGUUGUGAUGAAGAAUCCGUUACGUGUCCAUCUCUCCCCAAGGACGGAACAAUUUUAAUAGAGGUGAGCAAAUAAUUUGAUAUGUGUGAUUAGGUUCGGUAUUUAGAUCUCAUAGUUGGGUGAUCAGUUCGGGUUAUAGAUCUCAUGACCCGAUGAUUUAAAAAAAUAAUAAUUGGU